CAUACUGAUAUGAUGGAGGAAGAACCCAGGUCCAACAACUUGCAAAGAUGGUUAUCAGAGAACAGCGCUGAUGAUUCGGAUGACUCGGAUGAGUAUUAUGAUAUCUACGAGUUGCUUCCUAGUACAAUGCGCAGACGACAGUACCGGGAUCAAGCAGAGGGGACUGAGGGUCCUGGAAAUGACCCUUCACCUUUUUAUAGAGACUGGGACCCCAGUCAACCCCUGAAGACUCUGCCUCUCUGUAUGCAGGAGAAGAGAAACGUCAGGUACAGACGACAUGAAGACAGAUGCAAAAUUACUUACUGGCAAUCCUGGAAACGGAGUCAGGAAAUUGCUCGGAGGCGGGUGAGAGAGCAGAUGGGUAGAGUCAUUUCAAGAUUACUGCUCUGGAAGAGCACCCUCCAUAACAUUGAAGGUAGAUUCGGUGUGGGAGUGAAGGCGUACUUUGAGUUUCUUAGAUACCUGUUCUGUCUGAAUCUCCUGAACUGUGUCAUCAUCUGCUGUGUGAUAACACCAUUUCUGUAUAACAUACCAACUAACAAAUUAAUUUUGGACAUUUUUCUUGGAUCGGGUUUUAUGGAACAUUCCCCAGUUUUCUAUGGUUUCUAUACGAACCAUUCCGUAACGGAGACUUACAAAGAAUGUUUUAAUGCACCUCUGAUUUACUUCUUUGGCAUGGUCACCAUACUCUUCUUCAGUCUUGUCCUGAUAGUUCACAGGACAGUUGUGGGUUAUAAAGACAUCUGGCUGACAGGCAAUUCUUUCAGAAUGAAUCUGAGCUUUAAGGUGUUCUGUGGAUGGGAUUUUAAUGUCCGACAUCACCAGGCUGCCUUCCUUAAACAAAGCCUCAUCAGAAACGAACUGAAGAUGGACCUGGAGGAGCAGAAUUAUAAGAAAAAAGUUUCGGAUCGUUUGCUGAAGCAGUGGAUUCUUUUGUACUUCCUGCGCACUAUGAUUAAUAUUGUGGUGUUGGUUCUGCUCUGUGGUGCCAUGUGUCUUAUCUAUUAUGCUAUUGAUUAUUCUAAGGACCUUAAAUACAACUGGGCUGUGAAUCUUUUACUGGGCUAUCUUCCACCUCUCACGAUGACAUUACUUAACUUCAUCCUUCCACAUAUGUUCUCUGCAAUCUCAAAGUUUGAAGAUUACUCCCUCGCCACACAGCUUAAUCUCACUUUAGUUCGGAGUAUUACACUGAAACUUGGAAGCUUAUCCAUUUACCUCUUCUUCCUCCUCACUCGUGAAAAAUCUAACGGGUGUGUAGAGACGGAGUUUGGAAAAGAAAUGUACAAACUGACUAUAUUUCAACUCUUGGCGUCUUUCUUCAACACCUUCUUCAUAGCCUUCCCCAGAAAGUUGCUGGUGGAGAAGUGUUCAUCAUCUAACUUGGCAAGAAAAACAAAAAAGCAGGAGUUUGAGAUUCCCUUAAACGUUUUGGAUCUGGUGUACAGUCAGACUGUGACCUGGGUGGGAGUGUUUUACUGUCCUCUGCUGCCAGCCAUCAGCACUUUUAAGCUACUGGCUGUGUUCUACAUGAUGAGGUUUAAGGUGGUGCGAUGUUGUGCUCCGGCUCGCCGAAUGUUCCGGACAUCCAGCUCAUCAGUUCUGUUUCACUUCAUGCUUUUACUGGGCCUUGUCAUGUCCGCUGUCAUUCUCGGUGUCAGCUUUAAAAGUUUAAUCUCUGGCAAGUGUGGACCAUUUCAGGGCAACCAGACCGUGUACAGUGUCACCAGGGUGUGUGUUAGCACCCUUCCCCCCUCCGCUCAGAAAACCAUCCAUUACUCCACAUCUGAAGCUUUUGCAUUUAUCCUUAUUUUGGCUGAGAUUAUUGCCCUGACGUCCUACGUGUCUCGUGGACAAGCUAAUCGCAAGGACAUAGAGAGAUUGAAGGACAUGCUGGUUAUGUCAAGCCUUGAUAAGCGUUUCCUGGUAAACCAUCACGACACGAUUCUCAGACAGAAGAAGAAGACCACCAGGGGGGCUGAAAGGGUGGCCUCAUAGAGGGACUGAGAGGGUGUCUCCAGCUUCCAGAAGAGACUUCAGGAAAAGAAAUGCAUGGCUAGAAUAACCGACAAAAAAGGUCUUACAGGAAUUGUUUCCAUUUCCGUGCUGACUGUGUAAACUGGCUAUAAAUACUUUAACGAUUGUUUAAGUGCACAGCCAUUCGAUUUAUUAGACUAAACUUAAAGUCGUUAAAGGUUUACAAGGUUUUGUAAAGAAAUGUGGAUUUUAAACUCUCUAGUCUGAAGACACCAGUGUCUUUCAUUCUUCUCACACAUGAGCUUCUAAACUGCAGUAAGUUGUAGAUAGUAAAUUAUAGUAAAAUGGUGCAUCUGUACAGUCAUGUAUCAGUGAAUAAAAGUAAAUUGAUGAGCUCUUGACUUGUUCUUGGUUACAUGUCACCUGCUCCAUGAAUGUGGAAUGUAUUCUCAUGAUAAAUUAUAAAUUGGCCGGCGUUCAUUAAAAAUGCUUCUGAAUGUUUUAAAAAGAUCUUAAGGUGCAAUAUUUUGUUUUAUUAUUUCUGAAU